CCGAGCAAAGAUGAUGCAUUCAAAACAAGUCCAGUGAAUUUCCUAAAUGAGAGGACUCUCAAGGGUACCUUCUUUGGCAACUACAAACCCCGCACCGACAUUCCCAAAGUUGUCGAUCAAUACAUGAACAAGGAGCUAGACCUGGAGAGACUGGAGAAGUUUGUAACUCACUCUGUGCCUUUCUCGGAGAUCAACAAAGCAUUUGAGUACAUGCUAUCAGGCCAAGGUCUCAGGUGCUUAAUUUACAUGGAACAUUAGAUAAUGGAUCCACUGGUGUGGCUCCGGCGCUUCUCAAAGCCAAAAACCCUUUUUUCCCAUUUGUAGCCAAAUAGUACCAUGUUCCUUUUAAGUUUUCUCGGUUUUGUGGAGCGAAUAAGCAGCGGUUUCGAUGUGGUGAAUAGUGAACUUGGUGUGGUUUAUAAAUUUUAUAAAUAUAUGUAUGUUCUAUUC